CAAGGCCUUCUCAUAAUUCAUCAAGAGGUUCCCUUCCUGAAUACAAAAUGGUGGUGAUGCCUUUUUUUUUCUUUUCCCAUUCAGUGUGUGUGUGUGUGUGCUUUGCUCAACGGCCCACAACUUGAACAGAUCAUGAUACUUAUCCCUCGAAAGAUGAAAAACAAGAAUGAUUGAUCUCAUACACCAUAAUUUUUAACAGCCUUCUCAGUGUUUUGUGGUUUCAGUUUUGCCAAAAAAAAAAAAAAAAUCUUUGAUGGUACUUUCCCACCACCCUUCUUGGUACUUGUUACAAUAAACAAUGGUUGAUCUGAAAUCAAGGAAAUUCUUUCUCAAUUUCAUAAAAGAACAAAACAUUAUUGUACCAGUUCUUCUUGUUUGAAUCACUGGAUCACUAGAUUUCAGGAGAUGGGUAAGACACUGGAUUGCAUUAUCUUAACAAUCCUUUUUUUCUUUUUCUUUUUUAGAUAUGAAAAAUGCAUUAAAUGGUACUGAUAUUGAUAUCUUAGUCUCUUCUUAGAUUUGUAAUCCUGCCCUUUUCUUUUCAACAAUUAUACUGUUUGCUCAAUAAAGUUAAUUUAAUUUAGGUUGGUGAUUAGUUUACUUCAUAUCUAAUCAACCAUAUGGAUCCUUAAAUGCUUACAUGCACAUGUAUUGGAAUUAUUGGAAAGCACCUUACUAUCAUAGCCACAGAAGUACUGCACAAAAUAGAAUCUUCUCAGGCCAUUGAAAUUUUCUGAAGUGUUAUGCCAAGUGAUGGUUCUACAAUGGCAAAGAAGAAGAGCUGGUUCAGUCGGUUGAAAAGAUUCUUUAUUUCGGACACAGGUUCAAAAUCUGACAAGGAGAAGAGGAAAAGGACAUGGAUAUUUGGAAGGCUAAAGAUCAAAAGGUUGCCUUCCAUCGCGGCGGCGCCAUCAGCAGCAUCACAAGUCAGAACACUAAGUGAAGCAGAGGAAGAGCAUAGCAAGCAAGCUCUAAAUGUAGCCAUUGCCACAGCUGCUGCUGCGGAAGCAGCUGUGGCUGCUGCUGAGGCUGCAGCUGGGCUUGUAAGGCUUACUGGAACCUCUCAAUCAAUUCAUCAAUGUGAAAGAGAAAAAAGAGAAGACUCCCCAAUUGAAAUUAAAAUUGAUGCUCCUCAGUCUACUAAUCAAUAUGAGAGGGAGAUCCAGGAACUUGCUGCCAUUAAAAUUCAAACCGCAUUUCGGGGUUGCCUUGCAAGGAAAGCUUUGAGGGCAUUGAAGGGUAUAGUGAAGCUUCAAGCUAUUAUUAGAGGUCGAAAUGUGAGACGCCAAGCUAUCACUACUCUCAAGUGCUUGCAGUCCAUUGUAAAUAUCCAGUCACAGGUCUGUGCAAGGAGAUAUGGAAUGACAGGUGCUUGGCAUUGUGAUCAAACUAAACAGUUGCAGACUUUGAAGGACAAGAUAAUCAUGAUGGACUCAAACAGUCGAAGAAGAUGGGAUGACAGCACUUUGACAAAGGAAGAGGCAGACGCGUUGUUCCAAAGCAAGAAGGAAGCUUUUAUCAAGAGGGAACGGGCGAAGGAAUACGCGUUCAGCCAUAGGAAAUCAGCAGAGUCAGAACAGGACAAGGGUCAUGGAAGAUGGAGAUUGUGGCUAGAGCAAUGGGUAGAGACACAAGUAAUGAAGAGUAAAGAGCUUGAAGAUUUGGACACAGUGUGGACUUCAGAUAGAAAGCCAAAAGAAGAAAACAGAGGAAAAGGGCUGAGACUGAAGAAUCUCCAGAGACAAUAUCAGGUUGAAGGAUUGGAUUCACCAUCGUUAGUUCCGCGAAUGCAUCGAAGGCAGUGUUCACUGGGAGAAGAAAACUCAUUCUCUAGCUCUCCUGUAGUUCCAACUUACAUGGCAGCAACAGAAUCCGCCAAGGCAAAAGCAAGAUCAAUGAGCUCACCAAAGCUGAGGACUAGCAGUUUUGAUACUUGUUCCGAAAGCUAUUCACCAUGUAAGAAUAAAUUGUCCCUAGUAUCUCCAGUCAGAAGUGAAGUUUCAAGUUGUGGUAGGAUAGGCAUAGGCAGGCCUAGUGCUUAUCAGCAGAGAUCUCCAAGCUUGAAGGGUGUUCAAGGUCCUGUGAAAUCAUAUUCAAUCAAGGCAGCGAAGGACCUCAGCUUUAAUUCAGAAUGCUCAAUACUGAACUGGGAUAGACAAAGUACCUCCAGAUGAUUUGGAUGGUUGAGUUUUGAGUGCCAGAAGUCAGAAGAAAAUCUUUGAUUAGUUAAUUUAGUUGGCUUGAAGUCUAGAAGUUAGUCUGUAAUUAGUAAUAAUUUGGAUUGAUUAAACAGAUGCACAAUGUCUUUUUCCCUCUUCAAAUAGCAGUUCAUUUCAAUCUUCAAAUUCUGCAUAGUCAUAUAAAUGAAACAACUUAAUAUUUUUUGUGA